CCAGGCCAUGGGGCAGCCCUGGGCGGCGGGGAGCGCGGAGGGGGCGGCCGCGCGGCUGCCCCUCGUGCUCACUGCGCUGUGGGCCGUGGCUGUGGGCCUGGAGCUGGCCUAUGUGCUGGUUCUGGGUCCCGGGCCGCCCCCGCUGGGACCCCUGGCUCGGGCCUUGCAGCUAGUGCUGGCCGCCUUCCAGCUGCUCAACCUGCUGGGCAACGUGGGGCUCUUCCUGCGCUCCGACCCCAGCAUCCGGGGCGUGAUGCUGGCCGGCCGUGGUCUGGGCCAGGGCUGGGCUUACUGCUACCAGUGCCAGAGCCAGGUGCCACCACGCAGUGGGCACUGCUCCGCCUGCCGCAUCUGCAUCCUUCGUCGGGACCACCACUGCCGCCUGCUGGGCCGCUGCGUGGGAUUCCACAACUACCGGCCCUUCCUGUGCCUGCUGCUUCAUGCUGCGGGCGUCCUGCUCCAUGUCUCUGUGCUGCUGGGCCCUGCCCUGUCGGCCCUCCUGCGCGCCCAGGCGCCCCUCCACACCGCCGCCCUCCUCCUGCUGCCCUGGCUCAUGCUGCUCACAGGCAGAGUGUCUCUGGCGCAGUUUGCCUUGGCCUUUGUGACUGACACGUGCGUGGCAGGUGCACUGCUGUGCGGGGCUGGGCUGCUCUUCCAUGGGAUGCUGUUGCUGCGGGGCCAGACCACGUGGGAGUGGGCUCGGGGCCAGCACUCUUAUGAUCUGGGCCCUUGCCACAACCUGCAGGCGGCGCUGGGGCCCCGCUGGGUCCUUGUGUGGCUCUGGCCCUUCCUGGCCUCCCCCUUGCCCGGAGACGGGAUCACCUUCCAGACCGCAGCUGACGUGGGCCUCACAGCCUCCUGACUCCGGGAGGAGCCAGAGCUGUUGGGGGAGAGGGGAGCAAAGAGGGGGCUCCUAACUCAUCUCAGGCCCGCCCCUCGCCUCCGGAGGGGAGGUGCAUUGGUACUUAAUGCCUUUCUGCAGCUCCAGUCCCAUCCUUGGCCUUGCCCCUGCCCAGCUUGGACCCCAGUGUCCAGGGCGUGGGCCCUGCAUCUCUGCCUCCGUUGGCCCUCUGGUAUAGUGGUGGGUUUGGCAAGGGGCUACCUGGCCAGCCUAAUCACCCCUUUGCCAGGUUAAUAAAGCGCUCCCUUGGUUCUUGGACUCCCUCCCUCUUUCUGGGCUUCUGGUCCCUCACUGUUGCCCGGGCCACUGCUUCUGGUUCCUCUUAUUGUCAGGCAUGGGACCCACAGGAUGCCUGGGGCAGGCCUGGGGCACAGCGGGCCAGGCUGCACGUAGUGACCCAGGGACCGGGAAUGCGACAUUCUUUCCCUGGUUCACGCUUUAUCAUCAAGAGCAUCGCCGCAGCACUCACUGUGCCUCUCUGGCUAAUCUGGUACCAGGGGCAACAGUUGUGAGAGCUGAUGUGCUAAGACCCUGGGGCAGUGAAUGGAGGAGUCAGGAUUUGAACCCAGAUAUUUAUGCUUUCUCCUUCGCCCUGCACAGCUGAGCAAAGUGGAUAGCAAAAUCAAGGCAGAGAACUCGGGGGGAGAUGGUCAGGCCUCUGAAGGGUGGCGCUCGCAGGCUAAGCUCUUCCGCUCUGGACUCUCCGGAGCUUCCUGGAAAAGUCUUACUUAAAUACAGUAAACAGACUUCCUGUUAAAUGUGGCAGGUUUAAACACAUGGGUUUACCUCUCUUUCCUCUUAAAAUCUAAAAGGAUAGUAAAGAAAUAAAAGAUAUAAAUUUGCAAGGAGAGAGAAAAGUAGGAGGGAAACAGUAACAGACCAAAGAACCUGAUGAUGUUUAGAGCGAUGGGAAGUGGAUGGAGGCUCAUUUACUCUCUGAGCAGAGAAUUAGAAGUUAAUCAAAUGUUCCUAGAGGGAGGGCCCGAGAGGCAGUCCUGGUGGCUCCGGAACUCUCCUGGCACCAUGGAAGGCAGGGUUUGGGACUGACAGUCAGGGGACUGACCCACAGUCUCUAUGAGGGGCAGCUGGGUUGCCCUCCCCCCGGGCCACACCCCACCCCUCGCAGCCACGCAGCUACCCUUCUAGGGUGGAGAUGGGGGCUAUUCGAAGAAGCUUUGGGUCUCAGGGGCACUGGGGAGGAUGGGGGGGAGGGGCUGGACCAAAAAUGGGAUUAAGUGAAAAAGUCUAUAGAUGCUGCCGAGGGUGGGGGUGGGGGGCAGAUAUCAUCCUGUGACAUGGCAGGCUUGUCACCCAGGAGGUCCAUCCUUCUGAUAGGCCCCGCCCAUGCCCACAGAGGUUUGAGCUGCUAGUAAGGAGACGCAAGAAAAUAUUCAUAAAACAAAGAGAAACUCCCUCCCCACUUCUUUGAAGUCCCUGCUGGGCCCUCCCUCAUAGAGAAAACACUGCACCCUCUACGUCAUUCCCUUGCUUUGCCUUGUAAUCACAUUACCUACGUUCGUAUCGGUUUUGCAUGUUUUUGAAUUUUAUAUAAAUGGAAUCAUACCGUUUAUUCAUUCACUCAAUAUUAUGUUUCUGAGAUUUAUCCAAAUCAACGUGUACAGCUGUGGGGCAUUCCUUUUCCUUGCUGGAUAGCGAGCCACAGAAUAUACCACAAUUUGUCCCUUUUGUCUCACUGGUCAUUUUACCUGCCCCUAUUGUAUGACUUCCUAAGAUCCAUCCUUGGUCCUGGCUCUGCCACAUAAAUUCUAGAACCCACGUGUUCAAUUCCCCCAAUAAAAAAUCCCUUUGAGUUGUGAAUGGAACUCAACUGAAUCUGUAGAUCAGUUUGGGGAAUAUCAACAUCUAUAUGAAAUUGCAUUUUCCAGUCAUGAACAUGGUGUAUCUAUUAGAUGUUUUCAAUAAAGUUAUAUACUUUUUCUUAA